AUGGUCAACAGGUGUAUUCUUCAAAUCGUUCUCCUGAUGUGCUUCUCCAGCAUAGCUCUUCCCAUGAGCUACAACUCGCUUCAAAUCCAACUGCACAACAGCAGUCAGAGGUGCUUGGACCUCCUGAGGGAGCUAAAGGGACAGACUGAGGACUGCCUCAAUGAAAGGAUGAACUUCAUGAUUCCCAAGGAGAUCAGGAAGCCCCAACAGCUCUCCAAAGAAGAUGCUACCUUGGUCAUCUUUGAAAUGCUCAACAAUAUCUUUGUGGUUUUCGGAAAAAAUGUCUCCAGCACUGGCUGGAAUGAGACUCUUGUUCAACACUUUCGCUCUGAAACCUAUUGGCAGAUUUGCCAUCUGAAGAACAUGAGCAAAACGUUCACCAAGAAAAACAGUAUGUUACAGCUACGCCUGAAGAGCUAUUACUGGAAGAUCUUGAAUUUCCUGGAGGAAAAGAAGUACAGCAACUGUGCCUGGAAAUUAGUCCAUUUGCAAAUCAUCAAGGACUUUGCCAACAUGCGCAAUCUCAUAGAUUCCUUCCAAAACUGA